UUCAUUCACCGCAGCCUCUCUCCUCCGUCAAUUCCCUACGCCAUCGUGCGCAUCCAAGGUCAAGACAACGCAGCUCCUUCUAAAUCCAAAUCAAGACAAAGAGAAAACCCAGCUGGGACUCGCCUCAAAUGCGCCGGCCACGCGCCGCCCCCGCACGAUGAGCCUCGCGGUGACGGACGCCGGCGGCGACCUCUUCGCCGCCAACCUCAAGGGCGCGCUCCUCGCCGUCGCCUCCUCCGCCUUCGUCGGGGUCAGCUUCAUCGUCAAGAAGAAGGGCCUCCGCCGCGCCGGCGCCGCCGGCGCCCGAGCAGGUGUCGGAGGGUAUGGGUACCUCUGGGAGCCGCUCUGGUGGGUCGGGAUGGUCACCAUGCUUGUUGGGGAGACGGCCAAUUUCGUGGCCUACAUGUUUGCGCCAGCCGUCCUCGUCGCGCCGCUGGGCGCACUCAGCAUUAUUGUCAGUGCUGUUCUAGCCCAUUUCAUGCUGGAUGAGAAGUUGCAGCGGGUGGGCGUCCUGGGCUGUAUUCUCUGCAUUGUUGGGUCGACGGUGAUCAUCCUCCAUGCCCCCGAGGAGAGGUCCCCGAGCUCGGUGGAGCAGAUUUGGGGCUUGGCAACACAACCUACCUUCCUUUGCUAUGCUGCUCUGGCAGUGGCUAUGUCAUUGUUUCUUAUGCUAUAUUGUGCUCCACGGUAUGGGCAGGCAAACAUUAUGGUGUAUGUUGGUAUUUGCUCAGUUGUUGGAUCCCUGACGGUAAUGAGCAUCAAGGCUGUGGGCAUUGCAGUUAAACUUACCAUUCAGGGUGAAAACCAGGCCGGGUAUUUCCAGACGUGGCUGUUUGUGACGGUUUCAGCUAUAUGCUUAAUUAUCCAGUUAGUUUACCUGAACAAGGCAUUGGAUACUUUCAAUACAGCACUUGUUUCUCCCAUCUAUUAUGCCAUGUUCACAACCCUCACUAUUUUAGCAAGUGGCAUAAUGUUCAAGGAUUGGUCUGGGCAGAGCGCAAGCGUUAUUGCCUCUGAGACGUGUGGAUUUCUUACAGUUCUUGCUGGUAUUGUUGUGCUACAUUCUACAAGAGAACCUGAUCAGACUAUGUCCGGAGACCUUUACACACCUCUCCCUCCAAAGAUAUACUGGCACAUUCAAGGAAAUGGUGAUGUAGGGAAACAAAAGGAGGACGACUUGCUUCCCCGCGACUUUAUCACUGUCGUGCGACAAGACUACUUUGUCUAGAAAAUUUCCAGGACGGCAUAGUGUUUCAUGUGCCAAUGCUAAUUCCCUCCAGACCUUCAUGUGCCAAUGCUAUAAUUCCCUCUAGACCUUCAUGUGGAGAUGAAGCCUGUUGUUCACAAUAUAACCCUCGCAAGACCAUCUUGAUACCAAUGACCAAGGAAGUGUAAAAUUUUGUAGAGAUCAUGGUGUACCAUGACCGGUCAUUUGCAUCCAAGCGAAGAUGCUGUAGGAAGUUUAUCAGGGUGUAGAUUUUCCUGUCGUCUGAUGUGAAUAUCAAGCAUACAAGGGUUACUAUUCCUAGUGUGACAUUUUGUUAACCCUUGUUGGCUCCGGGGUGUUUGUCAAUUUAUGUUUUGAGGUUGCAUUUGUACAGUCCAUUGUGUCUCUGUCCAUCAGAAGUAGAACACGAUUUGUCA